AUGGAGGAGCUUCAAGAUAAACCCUUUCCACGUCACCCAGAUGAUAUCGAGCAUCCCCCUGAGCCUAGUGAGAAAUAUGACUUGAUGGCGCUUGAGGAUCCACCUGAAGAUUGGAAGUUUCUGACUAGAACUCUUACUACGAUGAGCCAGUCAAAAGGCCGGGAGAUUGGUAUCGGGCAGAUCGAUGUAGUGAUGAAACAUUACUUUUGGGGAAUUCACUACGAUAAGCAGCUCGUCACUCUUCAUUACACCAGAAAAAGACGAAAUAUCAUCGAUCUCAAGAAAAUGCUUUGGAAAUUGUUCUAUUACAUGCAAGAGCAGCAUCGUCCAAAAAGCUGGACGGAACUGUUUAACUUCAACCGAGACAGCGGGCCUCGACUAAUGAAAUACAACCUCGAACCACGGCCUGCACCUGUCAGUCGAUGGUAUCGAAAUCUUCCCCAUAUCGACGUAGCUCUCCUCCCCGAGUACCAACGUCCUUCCGAUGCGCAUGUCGAGACAUCAGAUGCUUAUCUCCAGCAAUUUCUCUUCUCAGCCGACACUUAUGUAGAGCCACCUCAAUCAAUACCCCGAUUAAUAACGAAUAACGGACCAGUAUCGGAACAAGAGGUAUUCGAAAGGCUUCAAGAGUUUUUAGAGCCUGCAGAUUCACCCCUCUUCGAACCUUUGUUACAAUAUGAUCAAGGAAACUUAGCCGCACCGGAAAGCUCACACAAGCGACGACGAGUCCUUUCGCCCGGUGCUCCUGCUUAUACAGGCCCAAAACCUAUAGGUUCCGGCAGUGAGGAUCCUAUUUAUGCCGCCCCCAUCCGCCAAUAUGAUGACCCAAUCUUUGCAGACCCUAGCCACAGUCCGCUCUUCAAAACGGCCCCUGUUGGCUACCAGCAAAUCAAUACCCUUGUUGACACAGCCCUUUCACUCGCCUAUGAUCCCAGAAAUGUCGCAGAGGUCAUUGAACGGGCCCUGGUAAAGAUUGCAUACAAUGACCUGGAACGCGAUCCCAGUGCCCCAACUCGCACAGUGCCUGCUCCGCAAUUGACAGCUCGGUCAAUUGGCGAUCUGUUCAACGCCCAGCUUGGGACCUUCAAUAAUAUAUCCAACGUAAGGUUGGAUCCUGUGACUUUUUCAUGGGAUCCAAAUGGCCUCGUUUAUCCCCUUCGUGGCCGCGGUCCCAUCUGGAGCGGGAAUUCCUGUUCUAUUGAUGCGGUGAUUGCAGUGGGUAUUUUGAUUGAUGCUGGUUGCACCAAGAUCGACCGCUGUAAUAACCGACAGGCUGGUUUUAAAGAUAUCGAGAAGGCUUUUAUUGAAACUAUCAAUGUCUCCUGGGAUGUCUUGGAUGAGCAUAACUCUCGCGUCCAGCGCGAUAUGUUCUUUCAGAAGUUCUGCGAUACUUAUCCCAGUAUGAAAAUGGGGGCUCCUAUUCCGCCAUGGGUUGUCUGGGCAGAAGGCACCAAGAGCUUUUCCCAAUUUCGUUUCUAUUACGCUGAGCGAAUCGUGCCGUGCAGGUGUACGCGUACAAGUGCAUUUGUCAUUUCCCACCAAGGCUCCUGUGUGAUGCCUGCCUAUCUUAAGGGUGAUGAGAAGGGGAUUGAGGUGUCGAAGUUGCUUGAGCGAUGCUUCUACUCAAGGAAGGAAAGUAAAUGCACGUCAUGUGGUGGAAACAAUAUCCGGAGCGAGAGGAAGGUCGGUCAGCUUCCACUACGCUUGACUAUGACCUUUGAUGGGAGGACAAAGGUUCUUGAUCAUACCAAAGACAUUGAGUUCCAGUAUGUCGGCUAUGGGGACAGAGUCCAGAAAGCGAGGUAUCGCUGGCUUGGUGGCGUCUAUAUUUACCAGGGACAUGCUCGUGUCUACUGGACAGAUACGAAGCGUGGUGAAUACGACACGGGGAAUAUUUGUAUGUACGACGGCCAGUUGAAUCACGGCUUAAUCGUUGGGGGAAUCCCAGGCUACAACAAAAACAAUCGAGUCCCCAUUGAGUGGUGCCAGGGUGGUGCUAUUCCCCUAGUAUUCUACGAACGGAUUAUGAGUCCUGCGAAGGAUGUCCUCAAAGCAGCUGUUGAGACCGUGCAAGACAUGACCCUCCUGAAAUCACAGGAUAAAGAACUCCUCCAGAAUCACGUACCCUGGGCUUCGUCUACUCUCCAAAUCCAAAAAGAUCCUUGGCAUCGCGUCCUGCCCGGUCUUGCUCGGCCUUUCACUGCUUUCCCUCCGUUCACUGGCUUUGACCUUGACCCAGCUCAGGGACAAGUGCUCAGUUCGUUAAAUCAGCCAUUCGACCUACCUGCUCUUCCAUCUGUGGGCGCGCCUUUGACUCCCAAUAUCUCUAAGGGGGCGAACCUCAACCCAGCAUUCCUUGAUCCGGAUGUCAUCGACAUCUCAACGCUUGAUCCUCAGCUAUUAGCCACUAAUGUCCCACCGCCUUCUUCCAACAAUCCAGCCUUCAACUGGUUCGGAUACCGAGACACAGCACCCGAUGCAGGAUUCAAUUCUCCUCCUGCAACAACUGUGGACCCAAGCGACAACGGGCUCGGCCUCGACUCGUAUCAUGGCGCGCUCGAUUUCACGCAGCAGGACCCGAACUGGUUUGCUGAUUUGUCGAAUCUUUGGCCCCAGGGUGAACCUGCCGAGGAAGGUGCUUUGGAUUUUCCGACGAUAGAUGUGAAUCCGCGGACAGGAAACGAACCCGUCCAGAGAGAUGCAGAUGAUGAUGUUACGAUGAUGGAUAUUGAAGUAUUUGGCAGUGGAACUACGACACCGCGGCCAAGAAAGGGUCGCCAGUCCCGGAAGCAAGCUGAGGUCACGCCGGAGGUCUCCGAAGAGGAAGAUGCGGAGGAUGAGGAUUAUCAGGUGCAGUCAUCGCCACGUCGCCGACCUUGUACUAUCAAGAGACUUCGAACCGCGAGUCCUGAGAAGGCGACCCCUAAAAAGGAUUCAUCUAUGAAGGCGACGAUGAAAGUCACGAAGCAGAAUACUAGAGCGGAGUCAGGGCCCAAGAGGGUUCAACCUACUCGGAGAAGUAAAAACUAG